UAGAUCCCGCCCCAUAAUGACGUCAACAGGAUGUAAAUGGUCCGCAUCGUGGUCUGUUCGGCCUUUUCCCUCUCGCGUUUGCUUUAGGCCGGCAGGUUUUCCGUCUCGGGAAGAUAGAACAACAAAGCGGCAAAAAUGAUCAUCUACAAGUGUAUUCUCACCGAUGAUGAGAUGUUCUCAGAUGUCUAUCCCAUCAAGGAAACGCCAAUCUUCUACGAGGUAGACGGAAAGCAUAUCACACAGACGGACGACAUCGACGACUCUCUAAUCGGCGGCAACAAGUCGGCCGAGGAUCAGGGGGAGACCACAGAAGCGUCGGUGCAGUCCGGUGUGAACAUCAUCGUCUACCACAAACUGCAGCAGACAUCCUUCGACAAGAAGGGUUACCUCUCCUAUAUCAAGGAGUACCUCAAAGCCAUUAAGGCAAAGUUGCAGGAAAACAACCCCGAACGAGUGGAUCAGUUCAUGGCUGACGCCAAUGUUGAAGUCAAAAAGCUCCUCCCAGGUUUCAAGAAUUUAGAGUUUUACACAGGUGAGUCCAUGAAUAUUGACGGUAUGGUUGGUAUUCUGGACUACCGUGAGGACGAUACGCCUUUCAUGCGCUUCUUUAAAGAUGGCCUCAUCGGUGAGAAAUGUUAACUACACGGAUUAACCUGUUUGUCAACUGGCUGCCGCUGCUUCCUUCUAAAUGCUCCGAGAGCCGAGUGCAUCACACGCUAUACUCUCAUCAAAGCCCAUCGGACAGUGUUUUUCAAAAUUUCGUUAUUCCUGCCAGCAUCAGUGUUGACUGUCAAUAAAACUGAAGGAACAUGCUCGUUUCCCAUAUUUGGACUUUCUGGAUGUUUUAGCAAAAGACAACUGUUUUCCAAUCACACUUUGGGUUUGUGAUUCCAUUCAAAAUUACAUCUAUUGUUUGCUUUAAAUUGGAAAUAAAGCCAAGUACCAUCACCUGA